AUGUUUGGUGUGGUGUGCGUCGGUGUGGAGCUCGCGGACGUGGAGCGCGGGCCACCUUUCACCUUGCUCUUGCUGGGCGCUCCACGGCCAGCAGACGCUUCUCCUUGCCUUUCCUCCGCGCGCCGGACGAUUGGCGUCGGGUGACGGCAGGCGUCACUUGCUGACCCCGGCGCUGCGAGGACGAGGCAGCGGCCCUGGGAGAGCGCAGGAGCGGAGGAUAUAUCGGUGGCUGUGAGGUGUCCAGUGUGUUCCGGAAUGCUCAGGGGACCCUGAUGACCACAAUCGCCUCUCCGCCAUAUGAGUUU